AUGGUGGACUCAAACACCCGAUCACCCUCUCGCGCGCUCGUUGAUGACCUCCUCGAUCAGAGUGUCCUUAGGCUGGUCAUCUCCGGUACUCCACUCUCCCUGCGACAGUUCAAUGAUUUCUUGUCCAUGGUGCAGGUAAAGACGUGGGCUAUGAUCGCCGUCGCUGUCGUCAUUACUGACCUCCAGCGCCAGAGGGACUACUUGGCGCCCUUUGAGAAUCUCGGAGGAGGCAGCAUAGUUGCGGCAAUCAACUUGACGGUCAACUACUCUACGACUCUGGAAGUGUUCUCGACUGCUUUCUUGCCCGCUUGCAACGACUUUGUAGAAGCUCUUAACGAGUUCUGCCCCAGACUGUGCGUCUUCACGAUCAUCCUACUGAACAACCGGCAUGGAUCACACCAGAAGACCGUAGCCCUGUACCGUCGACACCUUUCUGAGCAGAUAUGGGACCAAGCUGGCUUGUUUCACGAGGGUGGGUGUGCCUAG